AUGCUCAAGAAGAAGGAGAAGCUAGAGCAAAUGCGUGAACUUGGACGUGGUGGUUUAUCCAAGGGACUACAUUUCCUUCGUUCAGCUGCUAUUAAUUCAUCACUAGAGAAUAAUGACGCUUCAGCAUCCAAUGGGGAAUCGGAAGGAGGUGGGAAGGAGACACAGACGACAACAACAACAACUCGUAUGACGUAUGAGGAGUUACUAGCACUUAGUAUGAAACUUACACGGCAGAAUAAACUAAUGAAAGUCCAGUAUCAGAAGAAUCAGAACAAACUCGUAGCUGCUGAGACAAGUGAUGUUGAUAUACAGACACUACGUGGAUUUUUAGAGCAUGAGGUGGGAUUAGAUGUAAAUGCUUGUGUCAAGAAGACAAGUACUGGAUCUGGUGGUUCAAUUGAUAUUGAAGUGUUGAAAGAAAAGUACCAUAACUUAUUGAAAUUGCAACAACAAGAACAAUACGAGACGAAACCACCUGUGGCCGUCGAGAGCGUAAAUUUAUUGGAGUUAUCACCUGUUCGGACAACGGCGACAAAGAAAAAAUAUGAGGAGAUUGAUCUAUUAGGAGAUACAGUACAUUACAAUUUACAGACGAAAGAGCUGGACGAAGUGAUGAAACAGGUUGAGAGAAUGAGUGAACAGAUGAGACAAGGAGCUGAAUACACGAAGGAACUUGAGAGGAAGUUGGUAGAAAGCGACGAGCAACAAGACGAACUUGUGAGGAAAGUGUUGGAAGAAGAAAAGAUAAAGUGGGAGCAACAGGAACAGGUAUGGCGAGAAAAAUGGGAGGAGCAGACGAAACUUGUAGAUGAGUUGCAGGGAAAACAAAAUCAAGAGAAGGAAGUGAAACGUAAUGACGAGCUGGAGGGAGAAAUGGCGCGACUUGUAGAGGUAAAGCGAGAGCUGGAGAUGACGGUUACAGAAAUGUCAGAGCAGUUGCACGCAGGAGUGAAGCAAAAAGAGGUAGAGGAGAAAAAAACAGCUGACUUACUAGCCAAAUUUGAGCAGGACAAGGCCGACUUAGUCAAGCAACUUGAACAAGCUGAAGCUGCUGUUUCCGCUACAUCGAAGAUAGCUACAGAAGUGGAGAAUGGAGUAAUGGAGAAGAUGCAAGCAGUAUUAGAGACCCAACGAGCUGACUUGGAAGCAGCAAAAGCAGAGAAUGAAAGCCUGCGGGAGCAAAUUCAAACGCUGCAAGAAGUUUCUCCAACUAUUGCCAUCUCGGAAGAUGAAGUGAAGGAGAAGGUGGCGACGGCGUUAUUAGCGCAGCAAUCAGAGCUAGAAGCGACAAAGGCCAAGAACGCGACAUUGCAGGAACGAGUUCAAGCAUUGGAGGAAGCUUCUUCUUCUGCUAGCGUUUUGGCGGAUGAAGUGGCGGAGAAGGUGGCGAUGGCGUUAGAAGCACAACAAUGUGAAUUAGAGAUGGUGAAGAACGAAAACUCAUGUCUUCGGGAUGAAAUUGAAACAUUGCAUCAGACAACGUCGAUUUUGACUUCUGAGACAAAGGAUGAGGAUGCUAACGGCAUUAUCGACUCCCUGCGUGCCGAAGUUAACCGCUUACAAGGCAUGCUAGAGGUGAAAGAAAGCAAUAGGAUUGAUUUGCAGCAAGAACUUGCGGUGUUGAAGGAGCAAACUCAAAAGUUACAAAGAGAGUUGUGUCAAAAAGACUCGAGCAAUAUGGCUGAAGCCGCCUUAAUGGAGAAGUUGGAACAAGUAAAGUUAGAAUCGGCAGAGCGUGCUCACGAGAUACAUUCAUUGCAGGAAAAGCUUGACGCUACGAAAGAACACUUGGCUAAGGCAAACAGCGAGGGUGAAGCCACUCAGUCACUUGUGGAGGCUCUCAAGAAUGACACGAGUCGUUUGGCUGACGAGGUAGCCCAGUUUGAACAAAAGCAGAUGGCUUCGGAAAGGGAAAUUUUCGUGCUGACUAAAGUAAAACGUGAGCUUGAGGAGCAGCAGGAACAUGCACGCGACGCUAAAUUGACGAUGGAGAAACAGUUGGAGGAGGAGCGCGCUUACUGGGCAUCUAAGCUUGAAAAUCUGAUUCGUGACACUGACACGGCAAAAAGACAGACUGAAAAGCUCGAGGCUGAGCUGCGUGAAAAAGAGAAGCAAGUUACAAAGAUGGCGGCUUCUCAGGCAUCCAUGACAUCAGAGCUGCUGGAGUUGCAGAAGCAGGCAACUAGUAUGCGCGAAGAUUUGUCGAUGGCUGCAGAGAGCCUCGAGGCGCACGCUAGAAAAGCCGAGAGCAACGAGCGAAGAUAUAUCCAGAGUGAAAAGGAGGCGACGGAAUUGAAGAAGCAGCUUGAUAAAACACGCAAAGAGCAUUAUGCAAACUUUGAAAUGUUGCGCCAAGAAAAGAAAGCUGAGUUGGAGCGUGUUCAUUCUGAGCGCCGUGCAGUGAUUAACGAGAAGAAAGAAUUGUCACGAGAAAGAGACGAGCUUCAGACUUGGUGCAAGGAGCUCAAACGCGAUUUGAAGUUGGCGCGCAAGCAUGAAGAGGAGCUAGAAGCAUCUUUGAGUGACAACACGUCCCAAGUGGGCAACCUGAGUGCAGAUUUAGCUGAUACGAAGAAAUCGCUGUCUGACCGCAUGGCUCUUGCGACAAGAUUGCAAACUGAAAACAUGGACAUGGCCGGCAAACUGGCAGAGCAAGUGGCUCUUAUUGAAGGCGCGCUACGCGAUGCAGCAAAUAGCAAGACCGCACAAUCUGAAAUGGAGAAUCAGUUGCAAGUCGCCAAGGCAGAUGUACGGCGCAUGAAACAAAGCGAGGCCAAGGCUAAACAUGAUCUAGAAAACGUACAGCACGAGCUUGUCAAAAAAGAUGAGAGCUUCCAGCUGGAGCGGGAAAAGGCUAAAGACGCAUUGCAAGAUGCCGUGAAAAGUGAAAAAGAGCGCUUUAAACGCGAGCUCGAGCGCGUCGAGGCCGAGAGCAAACAUAAGUCGAAGUUGGCGCUGCAAGCAGUGUUACAAAAGGAAAAAGAAAUUGCACGACUUAGUGCACGUCUUCAUGAAUUGGAGGAAGACGUUCGUUUGGGUGGUGCAGACAAUCGUAAAAUCCUUGAGUUUGCUCAGUUGCAAGCUAAGAGAGACGUUGAGGCAAGGGCGCAAACAGCGCAAAUGCAGGCGCUGGCUGAGCAGCUGGAGGAAGCUCAUCGUGAGCUGCAGGAGUUGCGUGAGAACAAGCACCGUCAUGCUGAGGAGCUUACUGCAAUGCUGCAAAACCAGCGGCGUGACGGUGUCAACAUGGAGUACUUGAAAAACGUGGUUGUGCAGUAUAUGUCGUUUCCACCAGGCUCUUCACAGCAAGCGCGACUGGUGCCAGUACUCUCUACCCUGCUCCAAUUCACGGCUGGUGAUGUUAAGGAAAUUAAACAUGCAGCGCGACGUAGCAAUGGCUGGGCAUCGUGGGGAAGCAGUGACGCCAGUAUCGACUACAAACCUAUUGUCGUGGGCACUAGCCAUCGUCAUCCGAUGGCUCCUGCAUCGUCUGCCUCAGCGCAAGGGUCUCCACUUGCUCAGAUGACCUCUGCAUCGGCACCCCGAGAGUCUCCUCCCAAGUCGCCUCGAGCGUCUAGUUUUUUCUUGCCAAACGACGGUGACAGUGAGGCAGCAGGUCCAUCUGCAGAGAGUGCUGAGUUUUAG